AAAAAAAAUUAAACUGCUGCAGUUGCUAAUAUAUAAAUAGAUUGAAAUUACAAUUGUUUAUCAGUAAAUUUAAUUCUCGUUUAACUUUACUAGGGAAAGAACACAGCACAACAAACAAUGAAAAGUGCAAUUCAUUGUGGAAUAUUAAUUGCCGCCUUGACUGUAGUGUUGGCAAUCGGAGCAGAUGGCCAGGAACGCCCCUAUAAACGUAGUUUUAUCAAUCCAUACCCAAGAUACAAGCAUUAUAAUGAUGGAGUCGAUCCCGGAGACCCUUUGUUUCUUACACCCUUGAUAAACAAUCCAUCGGUGGAUAAGGAAAAGAUUCAGCAAUUGGCUCGAGUUCAGGGAUCACAGUACCAUGGAGUUGAGAGCUAUGCUGGAUAUUUGACCGUAGAUAGCAAUUACAAUUCAAAUAUGUUCUUCUGGUAUUUCCCCGCCGAGCAGGAUCCGGAUUAUGCUCCUGUUGUUCUUUGGCUGCAAGGAGGUCCCGGAGCAUCCUCGCUCUUUGGGCUUUUCACAGAGAACGGUCCCCUCGAAUUGGAUGAACAUAGCAAACUGCAGAAAAGGAAUUAUACAUGGAGCAAGACACAUAAUCUAAUAUUUAUUGAUAAUCCUGUGGGCACUGGAUUCAGUUUUACCGAUCACGAUGAGGGCUAUGCUACAAAUGAACGUGAUGUGGGUCGCAACUUGCAUGAGGCUGUUAUGCAACUGUAUGAAUUGUUCCAAUGGAGCAAUUCGUCGGGUUUCUGGGUAACUGGUGAAUCCUAUGCCGGUAAAUAUGUUCCCGCUUUGGCCUACCACAUUCACAAGGUACAGAAUGCCAUUGAUACUAGGGUAUACAUUCCUUUAAAGGGUGUUGCCAUUGGUAAUGGUCUGUCGGACCCGUUGCAUCAAUUGAAAUACGGAGACUAUCUCUAUCAGUUGGGCCUAAUCGAUGAUAACGGUCUAGUACAGUUUCAUGCGGCCGAGGCGAAGGGAGCUGAAUGCAUUGAGAAGCGAGAUAUGGAAUGCGCUUUCGAUGUUUUCGAUUCUUUAAUCAAUGGGGAUCUGACAAAUGGUUCCAUUUUCAGCAAUCUUACCGGUUUCAAUUGGUACUACAAUUAUUUAAAGACACAUGACGACUCUGGAGCGAAUCUAGGCAAGUUCCUGCAAUCGGGUGCUACACGAAAAUCUAUUCAUGUCGGCAACAAAACCUUCCAUGAUCUCGACACUGAGAACAAAGUAGAACUUCAUUUGAAAAACGAUGUUAUGGACUCAGUGGCACAAUGGGUAGCCGAACUCUUGAACACUUAUACGGUUUGCAUCUACAGUGGCCAGUUGGACAUCAUUGUGGCCUAUCCUUUGACCCGCAAUUACCUGAAUCAUUUGAAAUUUGCCGCUUCGGAUCGUUAUAAGAUUGCCCCGCGUGAGGUUUGGCGCAUCGAUGGCGAAGUUGCUGGCUACGUUAAGCACGCUGGACAUUUGGUUGAGAUCAUGAUAAGAAAUGCUGGGCACAUGGCUCCACAUGACCAGCCCAAAUGGUUGUAUGCAAUGAUCGACCAUCUUACCCACUAUAAACAUUAAAUAUUUUCAUAUUAUAAAAAUUAUCUUGAUUUAUUAAAGUCUAUAUAUUGUUAACAAUCUUUUAAAGAAUAAUAAAUAUAUUACAAUUAAAA